GGCUUCCACAGUUAGCUAAAGUGCUGGAAAAGAUUCAAUUGCAACAAAACUGUGCAGUUCUUACAUUAGAAGAUAACCAACAUGCAUUUCUCAAGGGCGGUUCUACAAUAUCAGCAUUGAUUGAAAUUUCACAAAAAUGGUUUGAUGAAACUGAAAACACUGCGCAUGGCAGAAAAGGUAUCCAUGCUAUUUUCAUUGACUUUAGCAAAGCGUUUGAUAUGGUGGGCCACCGAAUUCUCCUCUCUAAAUUGGCCUCUAUGAACUUAACUAAAUCUAUUUGGCUGUGCAUUCGAGAUUUCCUAUCCAUGAGAAGUCAACAGGUAAAGCUACUUCAAAUGUUGUCAUCAUCCGCUCCAUGCCCAGCUGGAGUUCCGCAAAGCUCGGUCAUCUCUCCUAUGGUAUUCAAUGUAUACAUCGAUGAUUUAGAGGAUGACAUCCCUGCAAACCUAACUGUCGAUACCUCGAAGUAUGCCGAUGACUGCACACUCGAUUAA